AUGAAGCUCUUCUCCUGCCUCAUGGCUCUUCUCCUGUUCCUCCUCCAGGCUGUUCCAGACACGACAUCAAAAUUCCGUACCUGCCAAGAGGAGGGGGGUCAUUGUGUACCUUCAAAAAUCAAAUGCCUGCAAGAACAAGUGGGACUGUGCCCUCACAGAGAAUGGAAGUGCUGCACAGAAGUGUAA